GACUGUGUCCCAGCUGCCACCAAACUCGGAGCUCACCUCAAACCUCCAGUGAAGACAACCCAGCCAUGGCCAUGCAGAAAAUCUUUGCCCGGGAAAUCCUGGACUCCAGGGGCAACCCCACGGUGGAGGUGGACCUGCACACAGCCAAGGGCCGAUUCCGAGCAGCUGUGCCCAGUGGAGCUUCCACAGGUAUCUAUGAAGCUCUGGAACUAAGAGACGGAGACAAAUCCCGCUACCUGGGGAAAGGGGUCCUGAAGGCUGUGGAGCACAUCAACAAGACUCUAGGCCCUGCUCUGCUGGAAAAGAAACUAAGUGUUGUGGAUCAAGAAAAAGUUGACAAAUUUAUGAUUGAGCUGGAUGGGACCGAGAAUAAGUCCAAGUUUGGGGCCAAUGCCAUCCUGGGCGUAUCCCUGGCUGUGUGUAAGGCUGGAGCAGCUGAGAAGGGAGUCCCGCUCUACCGACACAUCGCAGAUCUCGCUGGGAACCCGGACCUGGUCCUCCCAGUGCCUGCCUUCAAUGUGAUCAAUGGGGGCUCCCAUGCUGGAAACAAGCUGGCCAUGCAGGAGUUCAUGAUUCUGCCCGUGGGAGCCAGCUCCUUCAAGGAAGCCAUGCGCAUUGGUGCUGAGGUCUACCACCACCUCAAGGGGGUCAUCAAGGCCAAGUAUGGGAAGGACGCCACCAAUGUGGGCGACGAGGGUGGCUUCGCACCCAACAUCCUGGAGAACAAUGAGGCCCUGGAGCUGCUGAAGACGGCCAUCCAAGCAGCUGGUUACCCAGACAAGGUGGUGAUCGGCAUGGAUGUGGCAGCAUCAGAGUUCUAUCGCAACGGGAAGUACGAUCUAGACUUCAAGUCACCUGAUGACCCCGCACGGCACAUCACUGGGGAGAAGCUGGGGGAGCUGUACAAGAACUUCAUCAAGAACUAUCCUGUGGUCUCCAUCGAGGACCCCUUUGACCAGGAUGACUGGGCCACCUGGACCUCGUUCCUCUCGGGGGUCAACAUCCAGAUCGUGGGGGAUGACCUCACAGUUACCAACCCCAAGAGGAUUGCCCAGGCCGUUCAGAAGAAGGCCUGCAACUGCCUGUUGCUGAAGGUCAACCAGAUUGGCUCGGUGACCGAAUCCAUCCAGGCCUGCAAACUGGCCCAGUCUAAUGGCUGGGGGGUGAUGGUGAGCCACCGCUCUGGGGAGACUGAGGAUACGUUCAUCGCCGACCUCGUGGUGGGGCUCUGCACCGGACAGAUCAAGACUGGUGCCCCCUGCCGCUCAGAGCGUCUGGCCAAAUACAACCAGCUCAUGAGGAUCGAGGAGGCUCUCGGGGACAAAGCUGUCUUUGCUGGACGCAAGUUCCGUAACCCAAAGGCCAAGUGAGAAGCCGGAGGCCCCAGGACCCCACAGGACAGAUCUAGGCCUUCAAGCCCUUCUUCCUGAAAUAAACAGUGGUGUCAACCAA